GAGGCCGAGCCGAGCCGAGCCGAGCUGAGCUGAGGGGGCCUUGCCCUGGGGGAGGUGAGGCGGUGGGGAAUGGGCGGCUGUGUGGGGCAGGGGCGAGCUGAGGGGUGAGAGCUGGGUCGGGGUCUUGCUGAGGUGAGGCAGGCUUCCGCUACCAUCUUUCUAUCCCCUGAGGUCACUUUGCCUCAGGCUGGGUCCACGGUAUCCAGCCUGGGAGCGUGAGGGCUGCUCUGGGGACAGGGUAGCUGAGACUAUUGGGUGAAGACCCCAGGGAGCUUUGCUGCGCUAAAAGCAAGGGAGGAACACCUGCCCUGAGAUAAGAAGAGAUGGGGUUUCCUACGACAGCAGGAAGGUUUCACACUGGUGCAGUUCAAAAUCCCAUUUCAAAGGUCAUUUUUGUGCUUUAAAUGAAAUGUGAGGCUGAACUUUAUGCUCUGCCAGAUAAUAAUAGUAGUGAUGCAAGUGCUUCCUUUGGACUCUGCAGGUCAGGGCUAGUGAUGAUGUGGGGUUGUGGUAUGGUGGUGCCCAGUGUUUCCCAGGGGGGAAGGACAGUGGUGCUCCCACUGCCCAUGUGAACACCAAAGGGCCCAACAGGGCCAGAAAUAUGCCACUUCUUAUUGUCCAUUGAAGCUCUCUAUUUCCAGACUCAACAUUUCUUGAAGUGUGCCUGUACUGAAUAUUCUACUUACAUGGAAAAAGUAAAUGGGAGACCUCAAAUCCAAUAGGGGAAAAAGAUAUUAAGAUCCUGUUCAGCGCCACGGGGAGGGUAAGAGGACAAGACAGCGCAAGGCUUUUUCCAGAUCUCAGGUAUCUGCUGUGUCUGUACUGUGCUACACACCUCACUGGGAGCCAACCCCAACCAAGAGGAGAGCAGCUUGACCAUGGAAGACACGGAAAGGAAGGGAGAGGAAAUUAAGUCAGGCCCCUUGCACCCCUUGGAUGCCUCUGCUCCUCCAGAGCAAGGAUGUAGACAAACAAAACAACCUGCUUCUCAAAGAAAGGAAAGGGGGCAAGAAACAAGGCUGAGAGGAGAAGAACCCCCUCCCCUGCACCUUCCAGAACCAGUUGAGCAGGGCAGCAUGCAUUUGCGAAAUUCCUGGUUGCAGCGCAGCGCCAGCAGUUCAAGGGUGGCCUGGAGGAAAAUGCAGUUUUUCCCUGCAAGAAGCUGGGAUUGACAAACCACAAAGGAAGGAGGAGGGGAUCCUGAAGCAGUAACAGACUGUUUGCUCCCAGACUCUGUCCAAGCGGACUGCUUCCGCAUCAGUGCUGUUCCCAGUGGGACUAUGGAAGGAAAAGAGACAUCACCAAGUCAUCACUCAGAGGAGAGCAGCAUAUUGGACCUACCGUCUGUUUGUGACCUAGCAGAGCACUUUCUGCCUCCACACAGCUCUGAAAACAGCGAGGAGCUUUUUCAUUCUGUGGAUACUUUUCCCUCUCCAUCCACAGGAGAGAACAAUCUACCAUCUGCAGCUCCUCCGAGCUUUUCUGUUGGAAGCUCCGGGAAAGCAAACGUGAGAUGUUAUCCAAAAGUGGGGCUGUGUGAGACCACUGAACCUAAUGAUGCUGCUCUCUCAUGGGUGUAUGAACAUGAUAGUGCGGAAGAUACCAGUGUCAGGAAAUGUCUUGAUGGCUUCUACAAAAUGUAUUGCAAAAAACGGCCAGACAGAAUGGAUCCCACCUACAAGGCUGCAUCAAAAUGUCUGUCGCAGAAGAUUUCAGAGCUGGCAAACCGGGAUGGAACAAAAUACGUGUCGCGUUGUCUGCAAAUGGCCCAGGUGGUCUUGAAUAGAGAUGGGUGUAAGAUCUUUCCAAACCACCCCAGUACUGCUUGUUUUUCAAAGCCAGCUGAGGGAGAAGUUGUGUUGGAAGACAGAAAAAGAACACCUGGACUCUCGGAUGAUGUCCUGCAAUUCCUCUUGAAACAAACACGGACAGAACAUAGCCUUAACGUGCCACAUGAGAAGUGAGCAAGAUGCUGGUUUGUUUCUGUCAUGGGAGCUUGGCUUUCACUCUGAAAAGAGGUGACUUUCUUGGAAAGACACUGUUCUCUUAUCACUACCUUCAACACCACAUAUUCCAUGGAGGGGUUCAUCUGGAGCAGACCUUGCCACCUUGGCCUCUGCAGGGCAGCACCGCAUAAGGAGCAUCUGUGGUCACCGUGUAACUGCUUGGGAUGUGCUGACUAAUUGAGAUGCACAAUGGGUGAUACAGUGUCUGUUGCUGGGACAUCAAACGUAGUGAUUUCUGCACACCAGACUUUUAAAUUGACCUACAUCCCUACCCCUGCUGAACAGUGGCCCAGCCCAAAUUCAGCCCCUGUGUGGGCAUGGAUGUCCAAGUGCUGUUAACUAUAACAGACUGAUUGAAUGAGCUUGGCACGGUACACCCCAGACCUAGGGAGGAAACUUAAGAUUUGUUCUGUACCUGACUGAUACUGUAAUGCCUUUGCCUCCACAGGAGUGCCUGAUAGCUGUGUGUGUUUACCUACAGACAUAUGAUCCCACAGAUCAUGGUUGCAAUGUGCGUGAACUUUUUCUACAGAAAAGUGUGUGUGCAUGAGAGAGGGAAUACAGCUUCUGAGCAGGUUUUUUUUUUUUAACAGGAGGGAUAAAAAAAGAGAAAGAAAAGCUUUAUCGCCCUAGUGAUGUUUCUAACACUUCAAAUGCACCAGCUGAGUAGACUGGGGAUUUUUUCCUAUCUAUAUGAGCUGGUUUAAGAGCAACCUGAAAUAGAUUCAUGAGUGAGGGCUCUGCAGAGGUGUUCAUAGGGAAGCUGCAAAGUUGGUGCCAGCUGCCCUGGUAGCUGCCUGCUGUAAGAUGCAGAAUACCUAAGAAAAGCAGAGCUCACAUCUCAGCAUGCCCAAGACUGUGGGUUGCUUGGUUGAUCCUGUAGGCGCAAUGCUGCUGUCUCCAACUCUCUCCCUGCCCAUCAGCCCCCACUGAUUUCUGCUACCAUGAGGUCUGAGCCCAGAACUUUCACAAAGAGGAAGCCAAUGCUCAUUGCUUGAGUACACUGUGUACUUGGCUCUGCACAAGACUUUGAGAUUACAUUCCUGGUGUCUUGAUGGAUGAGGGAAAAUGUUGUGUGAGAUGUUUGAACCAUGCCAUUGGUUGGUUACAGCAAAGGUUCACUUCUUCUAACAAGUUCUGCUGCUGUUUAUACCCAGAACUUUCUUGCUCUGAUUUUAGUUGGCAAGAUCACCACUGGCUGCAGCGGGAACUGGCCCAAUGCAUUGGUUGCCCAGCUUGGGUUGUGGUGACUGUCACUUGCUGUAUGACAUUAAGAGGUGGCUUGAAGGACUAAUUCCCAGCAGUUGGUUUUGGUCACUGCCACCUGGAGAAUUUACAGUGCACUUGGGCUGAUGUAUCGCUAUGAAUUUGGCAGGCCUAAUUCUCCUUUGCUUUGUGCUUGUGGAAGCUGGGAGUGAAUCCCAAACAAAAUAGCUGCACAAGGGAUGCGGGACUCGGCUCCCUCUGUCGAAGCCUUGGUGAGAAGUGUGCUGCUGUCGUGCAAGGCUGCAGUUCAGGCCCCUCUGCUCAGCAGGUGGGAGCCCUUUGAAGUGGUCAACCAGGAGCAAGCAGAGCUUCCAAUCCCUCUCUGGACAGGUUGUCAGUCAUUAAAGCUAUGCUUUACUGACUGCAGUUAUUCUUAUAAAUGUUCUGUUCUUGAGUGAUGUAUCAGGCUCUAAAAGAGACACUUGGGUGGGAGAAGAUAGUUACGUGGUAUUCCUUACCAGGAUUGCGAGGCCCACUGCUUUGCUUUGUUUCACAGCUUGUUUAGGGGGCUUGCAAGUCAAAGAAACCUUCUGGAAAAAUUCUGAGCUUUGUCUUCUCCAAACUUUUAUUGUUACAUUUUCACUAAAAUUUAGAAUAAACCUAAUUAUUUUAUGGCAGAUUUUCAUAUUUUAGGUUCUUACAGAAGCAGAGCAGAGCUCAGCUGGAUAAAUUAGUCUCCAAAAUUCCAUUGAUUUUUAAUGAUAACAAAACAAGCUAAAUGUUUAGGGGAGUCCAACAGUCUUGUCAGUUAUCUGGUGUUAGGAGCUGAAACAUGAUAGAGUUUAGAACACCUGAUCAUUCCUACUGUGAAAAGAACAGCUCCAUUUCUGGAGAAACACUUAAUUUUAGGAGGUGUCUCACUGGGAUCUUACAGUUCAAUCACUUUUAUUAAGUUAAACAAGACUGCAGCACAGAGAAUAACACUCAUCACUUCUUUUCCCACUCGCUGCUAAUUAAUUUUUUACAAACUUGUGCUGGAACCUGCUGUAUGUAUUUCCAAGUCUGCUGAAAGCCAAACCAUUUGUAUUACUCAUUUCCUUGAUAAACAUCUCUCCUCAAUUUCUUCAAGACACAGGGAGACGAAUGCAUCGCUCUCCUUUGCCAGGUAUUCCAAGCAAGACUCACCAAUUGCUUUGAACAGGCUGUACUCGAAAGCAGCGUAGUCCUGUUUGGCAUUUUAUGAUGCUACAUAGAAGAAAUUGUAAUAACAAAUAUUACCUCUGGUGAGCAAUAGCACAGGAGGCCUAACUUAUGUCUUUGAAUUUCUUAAGCUGAUUUGCAGUUAUAACUAAGAUCUGUUGCUUCGAAUUAACAAAGUUGGAUUCUUUUUUUCCUCCUA